UGUGCUCCUCCGCCUGCCUCGCCCAUAUCUCAGUUCCCCCCCAUUUCGGACUUCAGGAGGGCUUUGGACAGCAGUUCCGAAGCCAACACCAAGGAUGACAAGACCGAGGAGGACUUGCCCAAGCUCAAACACUACCUGUGGCUCAGCAUCAUCUCGUGUUUUUGUCCGGCGUACCCCAUCAACAUCGUGGCUUUCGUCUUCUCCAUCAUGUCUCUAAACAGCUACGACAACGGGGACAUCAAAGGAUCCACGAGGCUUGGGCAGAACGCCAAGUGGGUGGCCAUCGCCUCCAUCAUUAUUGGCCUUCUCAUCAUCAGCAUUUCAUGCACAGUUCACUUCACAAGGAAAGCUUGA